AGGUACGCUAUCUGGCAAAGACAAGACGAAAAACCGGUGUAAAUUGCUGUAUUUUGUUGAUGGGUUUUGCCGUGCUUUGUGAGGCCCGUGUGUUAUGACAACCGCGACCAGGUUCUCGCACAUUUUUGGGUACCUUUUAGUCACAUCUGAAACCCGAAGAAUUCAUUCCCCUUGAAGCAACUGAGUUGGUACCCAGGCCAGUGGUCUGGUUUCAUGGCCGUAAGGAUAAUCUAUAUUUAACCAGAUGUAGAAAAAUGACUUCCUUAGUUGCACAAGGUGCAAAUAAUGUUGUGCCCUCUUACCAUCGUCCACCAUGUCUUUCAUCUUUAGCUGCUACGUUUGUUGCCCGGAGCCUUAUAUAUGAAGAUUAUUAUGAAUGCAACCAUUAUAGGUGGGAUCCAGUCAUCAUAUGGCAGUAUGAACUACCACAGAGAAAGAAAAAAAAUAAAAAGGCUGUGGAUAGAACCCAGUUAUACACUGAAGCUUCGAUGCCUAUACCACAACCUCCCUGGAAGGAAAUGAAAAAAUUCCGUGAUUGGUGGUGGAACAAUAGCACAUUGGGAAGUUUUGAUUCUGCAUUACGUUGUAGGAUAAUUGAUGCCAUAGAACGGUUGAGUUGGACCUCGGCUACAGAAGAAGAAUAUGUUUUAUUUUUGUUACUUCGCCUGUGUGUUGAUACAAGAAUUGAAAUUGGCAAUAGAUUUCAGAUUGCCAGGGAGUGGUGUUUUGACUUGUCACAAGUUAUCAGUCAGUUGGGUCCCUUCCCAGUUCAGAAGCUGUUUGUGACGUACGAUGCUCUUGGGAUAAAACCUGUACUCACAGCACUUGUCCAGCAGUCACCACAUUUACAGGUUUUGAAAGUCAACCAGUGGGCAUUAAGCAAUGACUUCAUGAUGACUAUCGGUUGCCAUUGUCACUUACUAUCUGAAUUUGCCAUUCCAUUCAUGCAACCCCAGGUAUUUAUGAGUGAUGAAGCAUUGUUUUUCUGCUUCUUUGAUGGCAUGAGUAGCGAAGAAGUGAUUCAGUGUUGGAAAAAUGGAACAAAACCAAGACGCUCAUUUUAUCAUCUGAAAUACAUUGAUAUUCUUUACUGGAAACAGACAGAGCGUUUUAUUCAGAUGGUGUCGGUGUUUUACCCUGAAGUGCGCCUUGGUGGCAUUGAUGCUUAUUGUGAUGUCAAUGAAAAAGAAAAUCUUAUCCAGCCAUUUUUAGAUGUGAAUGCUCAAGUGACUGCUCUUCGUGUCAGUUGCCGAACUAGUGGUAUCCUUGAUGACCGAUUGACUAACUUGGCAAGUAGAGCACCAUUCCUGAGAGAACUUCGAAUUCAUGUUGAUGAUAGUUUUGAAGGUGCUGAUUGUGAUUCCAUAUAUGAGAAAAGGUUAGAGGAAGCUGGUGCUAAGUUAAAGGAGUUGGUAUCUCAAAUUUCUGCAUUUGACUCUCUAGCAUUAAGACCUCAUCCUGGUGUAGAUAUUACAAAGGUUGUAUUACCAACCUUACAUGCACAAGGAAGUUGUAUUACUAGUCUUCAAUUAUGUUAUGAAUAUGCUCAAGUGAACUCUAACACACUGUUUCAAAUCAUCAACUUGUGCCCUAGACUUUAUCGUUUGGUCGUGUCCAUGGUAUUGCUUGACAGUGAUGAAGCUUCAACAAGUUACAGGACUUUGCUUCAACCUUGCAACACUCUCCAUACCUUUGUCAUGCGGGACAUAGCAUCAGAAAGUGAUGAGAGUCAAGAUUCUUGUUAUGCAAAAAUUGCAUCUCAAAUACUGCAUGCUGCACCAAACCUUGAGAUGUUUGGAUUAUCCUAUGAGGCUGACAUGGUUGAAGAGUUUCGAUGUCUUUCAUCAAGUACUGUUAGGACUCUUCAUCUCCAGUUUUGUUCAGAAGUCAGUUUAGGAAGGUUACACAUAUUAUUACAACGAACCCUUCCAAAUUUCCCUAACUUGAGGACUUUGUCACUUGAUGUGAAAGAAGGAGUAAUGCAAUUUGAGGGUUUAGCAUGUGUGUGCCACACAGGAAUAAAUGUAACUCAGCGUAAGCCAGAAUUUUUCCAGUUGCCAAAAUGGGAUAGUUCUCGUGGUUCUCAAAACAAUUUUGCAUUGUAUGUAAUGUAGAACAUAUCAUAAAACUAUAAAAUUUCUUGUGGUAAAACAGAAGAAAUUAAAGUCAUAUAUCUAGCUGUAGCAUUGGCUGUGAGAUAAUAAAAAAUUUCUUUAGUCAGAUACUUGUAUGUUUAAUAAUUUUAUUAACCCUCUUACGCCGAAGCCCUAAAAAUCAAAAUCUCUCCUGUAUGCCGGCGCCGGUUUGGAGUGAGCGCCAAAGCGGAAAAAAUAAUUUCUUCAAAAAAUCACAGCGCGCUGAGUUUUGAAGAUUAAGAGUUCAUUUUUGGCUCAUUUUUUUUUCAUUGCCUGAAGUUUAGUAUGCAAUCAUCAGAAAUGAAAAAUAAUAUCAUUAUCAUAUGUAAAUAAUGCGAUAUAUGGUAGCGAAAAAAAUAAAAUUCAUAGAUAAUUGUAUUCAAAUCACGCUGUGCAAAAAACGGUCAAAGCUAACGAGUUACUUUUUUUUUCGUUGUAUUUUACACUAAAUUGCAAUUCUUUUGAUAUAUAAUACAUAGUAAAACAAUAAAAGCAACACCGGAAAAAUAUUAUCACAAAAUGAUGUAUGAAUUCGUAACGCGGGGACGUAAAAAAAUUUUAUUGUCAAAAAUUCACCGUAAUUCUAAAUAUUGUUCUAGAGACUUCCAAUUUGUUUCAAAAUUAAGACAAAUGAUUGAAUAUUACGAUACUGUAAGAGUUUUAGAUUAGAAUUGCAGAUUUCGACCAUUUCGGACGAGUUAAAUUUGACCGAAUGUCGAAAUUUUUAUAUAUAUAUUUCUUUAUAUGCAAAUAUUUCGGAGAUGGAAAAAGCUACAACCUUCAAUUAUUUUUUAUUGUAUUUUUCAUGAAUUUGCGCACAUUUUGAUAUAUGAAACUCAAUAAAAAGGCUAAUAUGAAAAGGAGCAAAUAUUAGGAUAAUGCGAUGUACGUAUUUCGGAGACUUGCGGCCGCGAAUCGGCGAGCGGAGUGAAGGUAAAUAUAUUUUUCAAAAAUUCACCAUAAAUCACAAUAUUGUUUUAGAGACUUCAAAUUUGUUUCAAAAUGAAGAAAAAUGACGGAAUAUUACUAGGCCGUAAGAGUUUUAGCUUACAAUUGCGUUUUUCAACUAUUUCGGUAGAGUCAAAUUUGACCGAACGUGGUUUUUUUUCUAUUUAUCGUGAUUUAUAUGCAAAUAUUUCGCAAAAAGAGAAAAGCUACAACCUUCAAUCAUUUUUAGUUGUAUUCUACAUGAAAUUUCGCACAUUUUCAUAUAUAAAACUUUAUGUAACAGCUUAAUUUUAAAUGGUGCAAACAUUUCGACAAUCGCACAAAAAAUUCUGAUUUUUUCGGAAGAGUUACCGCGCGAACGUAAGGAAAAUUUUUUUUUUUUUUCAUAAAUUCAUCAUAAAUCGAAAUAUUGUGCUAGAGACUUCCAAGACGUUGCAAAAUGAAGGUAAAUGAUUGAAUAUUACUAGAAUAUAAGAGUUUUAGCUUACAAUUGCGUUUUUCGACCAUUUCGUUUUUCGACCAUUUCAGUAGUCAAAGUUGACCGAAAGUUGAAAUUUUUGCACAACGUUAUUUAUAUGAAAAUAUUUCGAAACUGAUAAAAGCUACAACCAUGGGUUGUUUUUUGUUGUAUUGUGCAUGAAAUUGCGCACAUUUCCAUAUAUAAAACUUUAUGUAACGGCAAAUUUAAAAGGGUGCAAACAUUACGACAAUCGCACAAAAAAAUUUAUCGGAAGAGUUAUCGCACGAACGUAAGGAAAAAGUUUUUUCAUAAAUUCACCAUAAAUCUAAAUAUUGUGCUAGAGACGUCCAAUUUGUUGCAAAAUGAUUGAAUAUUACUAUAAUAUAAGAAUUUUAGCUUACAAUUGGGUUUCUCGACCAUUUCUGUAGAGUCAAAGUUGACUGAAGGUUGAAAUUUUUGCACUUAUCGUUAUUUAUAUGAAAAUAUUUCAAAACUGAUAAAAGCUACAAUCAUGAGUAUUUUUUUGUUGUAUUUUACAUGAAAUUGCGCACAUUUUCAUAUAUAAUACUUCAUGUAAAGGAUAAUUUAAAAUGGUGCAAAAAUUAUGUCAAAGUGACGAAAUAAUUUCCGAGAUGUGUCACUGAUACUUUUUAGUGUGAUAAGAAAGAAAUUCGCGCUUGCGCGCCUGCGUAGCGAUUGUAAACAAAACAAUGCCUUGAUCCGUGAACUCCCAGCAUCCCCCAAGGCGCGUGAUACAAAAGUUUUUGGCUGGUAGGCCUAUAAGUAUUUUUCCGCGAAUUUUUAAAAAAACUUUUUUGAGCCGACGUAUGAUACGUCCAAUCGGCAUACGGGAGACAUUUUGACUCGACGUUUAAUACGUCCAAUCGGCGUAAGAGGGUUAAUUUUUUCUAAUUAUGACAUUUAAAGUUUUUAACAGUUUUUUUUUUUAUUUCGUCCAAGUUGCUCUCCGGCACUGUAUAUCCAUUACUUCCUAUUGGCAUCGGUUCUUUCCGUAUAAUCAGUAUUUAACAUAAAAUUAAAUUAUUUAAUUAUUCCUCAACUAUUGAAUUUUGGCCGCCCUAAUGCUCGAUUAAUACCUGCGCAGUUAUGCCAGCACACUUGGCCUGUGUAGACAAACCACCACCACAAUGCAUAUCUUUUUUGUCAGUCCUCCAUAGUAGCCAGGGCAUCAACUGACGAUGCUGUCUGUACUUGGCUUGCUGAUAGCAAAAAAAACAUUAACAUCAGGUAAGGUGUCCAGUGAAAAAGUGGUUAAAAAAAACCAAUUCAGUGCUCUUUACAUGAAUUUAUUGAAAGUUAAUAUUUGGCCCCAAGGACUUAAAUCAUACUGUUUAUUGAAUAUUUUAUGAAUGAAGCAAGAAUUCCAUUGCAGGGUAAUUGAGUUAACUGAGUAAUUGUUUGUUUUUAUUUCAAAGUUUACAUAUUUAGACCUAAUGUGGUUUUUAUGUUUCAUUUAAAUGAUCAAUACAGAUUUGUUUAUAUUUAAAGAAUGACUUUAUGAUGUGUUAUGAGCAUUAUACUACUGUUCCUUUGCUUCAUGUGUGUUUUGUUAAGUCUAUUUUCAUUUCAUAACUGGCUUACAUGGGAUGUGAACAAUGUAUAAAAGUACAUAGUCUAAUUAUUUUUGUAUCAGAAAGUAGAAUAUUAUUUUGUCAUUUAAAGUGAAUUACAUAUAUGAUUUCAUUUUAAAACUGGCUUACAUGGGAUGUAAACAAUGUUAUAAACCUACUAGUCUAAUUUUCUCAUUAGGAACGAGAAUAUUAUUUUGUCCUUUUAUGGUGAAUUACAUAAGUGAUGCAUAAUCAAGAAUAGACACAAUACAGGCCUGUUCUCAUUUUACAUUAUUUUGCGAUAAUUAUUCUCAUUUAAAAACUGACAAAUAUAUUAUUAAUGACCACUGUAUUAAACAUAAUAGGCUUAAUAUGUUACGAUAGCCUGAGGACUUUACGUGCCCAAGCAAAAUCUCAUUCAUAUAGAUUCCAAUGAAAUCUACAAGAAUUUCAAGGAUGAUGCUGCCAUUUUCAGUGCAAAAUUAUAAAUACACGUAUAUACAGUGGACUCCCCGUAUUCUCGUUCUCCGGAUUUGCGGAUUUUUCUCGGGAGUGCUUCCCCGCAUUAUUCGCGGAAAAUUCGUACAUUUGCGGUAUUUUUGUAUGAGAAAUAUCCACAAAUUCCUGGUUUCUUUGAUCAAUUUCAUCAUAAAAUGCAUUUUUUGAGAUAAAAAUAUUAAAAAAUCCAAGUAUGAAAAUUUUUUGUGGGUUUUUCUUGAGUGUUAACAAAAUAGGCUGUUUUUAGUGUUUUUAUAGGGGUUCCAAACAUUCGCGGGUCCUAACUAUUCACCGGGGGGUCUGGUACGCAUCCCUCGCAAAUAUGGGUGACCACUGUAUCUAUAUAUUCUCUUAUCCAUAUCAUUAAAAAAACUAAGUAAAUCUGAUACAUCAUGAGAUUAGGUAUAAACACUUAAUUUAAUAAAACCCCAAACUGUUCCUGACUGGUACAUAAUACCUGUCCAGGGACAGGAAACAAACUGAGCCAAAAACGUUGCGUCCCCACAUGAACGAAGUUCGCAUGCACAGGCAGUUUGGCAGUAGGCUUGUCGAUCGAGACUCAGCUAUUUUCUCAGGCUACUUGCCCAGGCAAGAAAAAAUGCACAGGUUCUUCAUGUUAAUGAUCAGUUUGGCUUGCACAGGCUGACUAUACAGGAAUAACUGUACAGGUAUGAAUGAACGUUAGUGGCAGCUUUUACACUCGGACUCCAAAAGCAAGUAGUUGCAUAUCCUUGUACAAUUAUAAUUUUUAAAGAUGUCUGCCAGAGAUAAUUUAUGUACUAUACAUAUAUGCAAAAAUGUAAGUUUUUGGAUUGCAAUCUGUAGUUUUAAGCUUGUUUUCAGUCAGUGUCUACAUCAUUGUUCCUUAUGCACAAAUGUUGAUUUCCUUUUCUACGUGGAUAUAUCUUUUUUUUCAUCAUAAUUUAACAUGGCCAUUUAUUUUUUUCAUCAUAAUUUAGUAUGUUCAUUUUUAAUUUUAUAUAUUUUCAGAACAGGUCUGGGUGACCUAAAUGUGAAGGGUUUUAUUUUCAAAAUGAAAAAGUAUACCAGUGCUCUUCUUAUUGAAUAUGAUCAAGUCCAUAAUUUAAACGAAGUAUUCAUUGUCCAUAUUUCACUUUAAACUUAAAAUUUGUGCUAGUUACAACAGUAACUGUCAAGUUAUCUGCAAUUUGAAUCAUAAGUGUGUGUUGGUAUCAAUUAAGAUUCAAGCAAGGUUUCAAGAAUUUCAGAAAUUGUCCCAUUGCCCUCUUUUGAAAUAAAAUUUGUUUCCUCCC